GCUGCUGGAAAGUGUCGUAAACGACUGGGAGGGGAAAAAAAAGCCGGUCUGUGUUUGAGGUUGUCCUGGAGCCUGAGAUAUACACACCCAUACAAACACUUGGAUGAUGGCAAGUGAAUUUGUUAGGAAACUUACUAUAUUUGCCACCAGGCAUAGAUUAAAGUUGCUGGCUGUUUCCUGUGGAGGGCUGUUUGUCACCAAUGCCUUCUGUCAUGUUUUCCCCCAGCGGACGUAUGGAAAGUUGUACCAAGCUUGGUCAAGAGGGGUCCCUGCUGAACUUCCAGACAAAUUGCAAGAUACUUUUCAAGAGGUUCUUAAAGAUGCUGGGGUGGAUUCAACUCAGAAUUACACAGCGUUUGCUGCCUUCAGCUUUCAGCCAGUGAGUGCGGGUGUCCCUUGGUUACCGGCUGGUGCCAUCAUUGGCAUCCCUGCCAACUUCAACAGCACAGAUGAUGAAGGAAAAGGAAUAACAAAUCGAAUUGUCAUGAUCAAUGGCAGAGACGUCAAAUGGGAUAGUGAGGUGGGAAAAGCCUUAAGGGAAUCCCUCACCUUUUCACCUAAUGCACAGAAGUUUGCCAUAGCUCGAGAGAUUAUGUAUUUGCAGAGCAACAGCCCUAUCAUUUAUUCACUGGUGGGAUCAGUCUGUUUAGCAGGCACAUAUCUGACUGGGGUGGCAGCAAAACAAGCCCUAGGAUUGUACUCUGGUCCUGUAUUAGUACGUGGCUUUUUCAACUUGACUGUAGCAGCAGUGGGACUUAUAGGUUACUUUCUUCUUUCUGAUACAGUUAGUCACUGGCUUGACUAUAGAUCAGACCACCGCACAGCUACAAUAUCAAAGAACUAUGCAGAAGGAGGCAUUGAGUUUUAUGAUAAAGUACUUGCACGGAAUAGAACAUUUCGUUUUCUACUGGGUAAAAAAGGAGUGGAAAUGUAUGCAACAAAUGGAAAUCUGUUCCCAAAACAUUGGUUCAGAUUGAAACAUGCUCCUUACACCUCCAGAAAAGAGAUGAUUGAAAAUACUCUGAAAGACUGCUGGAUGUAAACCCGUGAAUUGUACCCCAUCCACCAACUUAAAUAUUCAUUCCAUCCACUACAGGUGCACAGUGGCAGCAGUGUAUACUAUCAACACGAUGCACUGCAGCAACUCGUUCGACAACAUCUCUCAAAUUUGCAACCCUUACCUAGAAACACAGAGGUAUCAGAUCCCACCAUCUGCAAGUUCACCUGAAAGUCACACACCAUCUUGAUUUGGAACCAUAUUGCGGUUCCUUGUUAUUGCUGAGUCAAAAUCCUGGCAAUCCUUCCAUCAGGAUACUGUGGGUGUCCAUGCACAGAAGGAUUGGAACAGUUCAAGAAAGUUGCUCAUCACUACCGUCUUAAGAACAGUAAGGGAUGGGUGACAAAUGAUGCCUUUGCCAUUGACACAUCCCCCAGUUAGGUACACAUUUGCACAAUAUCUUGUGCCAGUGAAUUCUCUCCAAUUUUGCUUUCCUUUGUUUUCUGUGUGCCCCAAACUGUGUGCUUUCUCCUGUUCUCCCAGAUUCUCUAUGAGGGAAGCAUCUCCCAGCAUCACAAAAAUGAAUUUUGUGGAUAGGACGUUCUGCUGCACUUUGUAAUCACAGUAUGGUGAUUGAUAAAGAUUCACUGGUGUUCUGGUGACUUAUAACCUAUUGCAUUGCCAAACUUACUCAAUUAUCCUUUAUAGCAAAGGAUCAUCUAAUUUCGUAAAAUUCAGACACAAAUCAUGCGAAAAGCAGGAAAUUGAGAGACUGGCAUUCUAUUUGUUUUUCUUUCUUUGCCUUUCAUUGACUAAAAGUUGUUAAAUUGUUUUGCAAGUAACUAAGUCCAAGAGCAUGCCAGUUUUAUGUGGCUUGCAAACCUAUAUCAGUCACUCGUGUUUUCCUUUACAUUUUCUUGUAUUGAAUUGUAAUUUUGCUAAUAGGUUCAGAUUUCACAGGCAUGUGCAGAUAUCCUUUUGUUUGAGGUGAUGCUGAUCUUGCAAGGAUUGCAGUGGCUUAAUCAUGAAUGAAGAUAGUUAAAUCUAAAAGUGCUGCUUGAACUCGAGCCUUGUUUGAUAGUCAAAUCUUGAACCUGACUUGAAAGGUGAAGUUCACCAGUCAUUGACUGUCAGUGGGCAAACCUCUGGAUCUCACCCAUAUUGAGUGCAAAGAGGCAUGAUAUACAUGGCUGGGCCACCUCAUUUGCAGUAUCAGAGAUGCAUUAGUAGCAUGAAUUUGAGUAACUAAUGAGAAUGAGAACAUUAUGAAUAUUCGCUUUCACAGGAUAUUUGACAUUUUAAGAGAGUUCUGAAAUUAAAAAAUGUAAUAGUGGUCAAAAGUUAAAAGUGCAGAAAAAGCAAAUAAAUUGGUUGCAUUGUUAGUUCCCUCUAAAUUUGACACUUCAGGAUGUUAUUUCCCUUCCUAACAGCUCCAUGGGUGUAUCUGCAUCCCAGGAUCAGCAGUGGUUCAAGAAGGCAGCUUACCACCACCUUCCCAAGGGUAAUUAGGACAAUGUCCAUGUACCGUUGACAAAGAAGGAACAAAUGUAGCAAAUAAUGAGCGUUCACAUUGACUGAGGGCCCUGUGCCUAAUUCCCACCAGAAUGUUGAGAGAAUUAAUUCUGUGAUUUUUACAUGUAUGUACAAGAUAGAGUUUGAAACCUCUGUGGUCUGACAGAGUGCAGAAAGAGCUACCUGUGAGUUCUUAUUUUGCUAAGAGGUUCAAGUUUCACAGGCAUGUGCAGAUAUCCUUUAUCACAGGUGCUACACGCCACGAUUAAAUGAUUGGUAAUGUGCUAUUUUCAUCCUGUACAAGCAAUCUGCAUUUUUUUAGAAAAGAAAUGGUAUAAAUAUUAUGGUGCUUUCGCAAGGCUGCCUGUUUUUCUCCUGUUAAGCUCUUUAUUUGCUUAAAUUAAA